AUGGUGCAUAGUUUGUUGAUUGUUGUAGGUCUGUUGCUUAUGUUCACCAAAGAGAUGGGUAAAUAUAUUAUCGAAGAUUGUGCAAAGCACGGACGACAAUAUGGCAAUGUAGUGGAACACGUUCUGCCCAAGAAGUACCGAUGGCCGAAUGCGACGAUACCGUACAUUUUUGAUGGAGAUUUCGAGGACAUUCAAUUAUCAAACAUACGAGGAGCAAUGGCAUUGUUGACUACCCGUACUUGUUUGCAAUUUAAAGAACGAACCUCCGAAAAUCACUAUCUUUUCAUAACGAACAAACUCGAAACAGGUUGUUGGGCAGAUACGGGUCGCCAACCACGCGGUCCAACGUACAUGAACCUUCCGCAACAGUGCACCCAUCGGUCUGGUACGAUUCUGCACGAGUUACUGCACGUGAUCGGCUUCCUGCACCAACAUACUCGACCCGAUCGCGAUCACUAUCUGUGCGUUUUGUACGACAACAUACUAGCUCAUCCGGUGGCCCUGUACAAUUAUGAAAUUGUUCAUCCUUGGACCGAGCUCACAUUUCCUUUGCCGUACGACUUUGAAAGUAUUAUGCACUACACACCGGAUAUGUAUAGUGUCGCACCGGGUCGGUUACCUACCAUGGUAACAAGACAUCCUUGGGGUAUGAACACGAUAGGCCAACGCGACCGACUAACAGACCAUGACGUACUAGCAAUACAGUUUCUUUACUGCGUUUAA